UGCAAAGAACCAUUUGUAUUAAUUUGAGAGGAUACCAUCAUUAUGAAAUGUCCUUUUCAUUACCAAACAACCGCAUCCCCAGGCCUGAAGAAUACUGCGAAUCCUUGGGGCAUGAGAUACUCCUUUACUCUGGGAUUUUCUAGGCCACAAUAUACACACUCGAAGAGGGAGAGAGAGGGAGUUUGUAUUGCUAGCUAUAAAAAUGAUGCCAGCACCUAGUUUCUCUUGCCGUGGGCAAUUGAUUGGCAUCACAGCUAGCUAGUUUGACACAUGGAGAGGGAGAGAAUGGGUUCGGCGGCCUUGAAGCCCUCAAAACAUAAGCCUCAUGCGGUUUGCAUCCCAUACCCAGCCCAAGGCCACAUCAACCCCAUGCUACAACUAGCCAAGCUCCUCCACCACUCAGGCUUUCAUGUCACCUUCGUUAACACAGAGUUCAACCACGCGCGCCUCCUCAAAUCUCGUGCUCCUCACCCGCCCAGCGCCGUCUCCUCCUUCUGCUUCAGGACCAUUCCCGACGGCCUCCCGCCGACCGACGCCGACAGCACCCAAGACAUCGCUUCCCUCUCCGACUCCACCAGCAAGAACUGCCUGGCUCCUUUCAGAGCCCUUCUAUCGGAGCUCAAUGGUUCCUCGUCGGCCGACGUCCCUCCGGUGACUUGCAUAGUUUCGGAUGGAGCCAUGAGCUUCACCCUGACGGCGGCCGAGGAACUGGGCAUCCCUGAAGUCCUGUUCUGGACAGCCAGUGCUUGUGGAUUCAUGGGCUACGCCCACUACUCCCUUCUUCGAGAAAAGGGCUUCCUACCCCUCAAAGAUAUAAGUUAUUUAACAGAUGGAUAUUUAGACACUAUAAUAGACUCGAUACCUGGCAUGAAAGGUGUACGUCUGAGAGAUAUCCCCAGCUUCAUUAUAACCACAAAUCCUGAUGACGUUAUGGUGAAUUUCAUAAUGAAUGAAAUCGAAAGAGCUCAAAAAGCUUCUGCAAUCAUUCUGAACACAUUCGAUGCCUUGGAGCACAAUGUUUUGAAUGCUCUUUCAUCUAUGUUUCCUCCAGUUUGUGCCAUUGGGCCUCUCCAAUUGCAAUUUACUCAAAUUUCUGAUAAUAAACUGAACUUCAUAGGAUCAAAUCUGUGGAAAGAAGAUCGAAGCUGCCUAGAGUGGCUCGAUUCAAGAGAAGCUAGUUCUGUCGUAUACGUGAACUUUGGAAGUAUCACAAUCAUGACUAACAAUCAGUUGAUGGAGUUUGCGCGGGGACUUGCAAAUAGUAAUCAAAGCUUUCUCUGGAUUAUCCGACCUAAUCUUGUUGAUGGCGACCUUGCUAUUAUUCCACCAGAGUUCUUUGCUAAGACAAAAGAAAGGAGUUUCAUAGCAAGUUGGUGCCCUCAAGAACAAGUCCUCCACCACCCAGCGGUGGGGGGGUUCUUAACGCACUGUGGGUGGAACUCAGUUAUAGAAAGUAUGUGUGGCGGAGUGCCCAUGAUCUGCUGGCCCUUCUUUGCUGAACAACCAACAAAUUGUAGAUUUUGCUGCACAGAAUGGGGCAUCGGUAUGGAAAUUUGCAAUGAUGUUAAGAGGGAUGAGGUUGAAAGACUUGUGAGGGAGUUAAUGGAAGGGGAGAGGGGCAAAGAGAUGAAGAAGAAAACUAUGGAAUGGAAAGAGAAAGCUGAAGAGGCAACAAGGAGAUUAAGUGGGUCUUCCUUCUUGAAUUUAGAGAGAAUAAUUAAAAGUUUCCUCCUCCCUAGGGAUUCUUCUUAAUUUAAAUGAUCAUUCUUGUAUAUCAAUGAAAGUCUAUAUCUUUCAUUUUUAUUUUGUUGCUUAUGAAUAAAAUUCUUCUUUAAUUCC